AACAACCUGGAGGAAUUUGGGCUGCGACUCCCGUUUCUGAAAGAGCUGUACCUCGCCAAAAACCAUCUGAAGACCUUGCCUGGUGCCCCGCUCGUCCCAAACUUAGUGGCCAUGUCAAUCAGAAGAAACAAGCUCAGCAGUUUCUCCAAGGAAGGGUUUGAGUCCUUCAAGAAAAUGGAGCUGCUGGACGCCAGCGACAACAACUUCAUCUGCUCCUGCGAGUUCCUGUCCUUCAUCCAGCAGCAGGCCGGGCUAGCCCAGGUGCUGGUGGGGUGGCCGGACGGGUACGUCUGUGACUCUCCCCUGGCAGUGCGAGGGGCGCGGGUUGGAGCCGUGCACCUCUCCCUGAUGGAGUGCCACAGGUCCCUCCUGGUGUCGUUGAUCUGCGUGCUGGUGUUCCUGGUCAUCCUCGUCCUGGUGGCCCUGGGCUACAAGUACCACGUGGUGUGGUACCUGAGAAUGACCUGGGCAUGGCUGCAAGCCAAGCGGAAGCCCAAGCGAGCCCCCGCGAAGGACAUCUGCUACGACGCUUUUGUCUCCUACAGCGAGAACGACUCCGACUGGGUGGAAAACAUAAUGGUGCGGGAGCUGGAGCAGGCCUGCCCCCCGUUUCGGCUCUGCCUCCAUAAGCGGGACUUUGUGCCCGGGAAGUGGAUCGUGGACAACAUCAUCGACUCCAUGGAGAAGAGCCACAAAACGCUCUUUGUGCUGUCCGAGCACUUUGUGCAGAGCGAGUGGUGCAAAUACGAGCUGGACUUCUCGCACUUCCGCCUCUUUGACGAGAACAACGAUGCGGCCAUUCUCGUCCUCCUGGAGCCCAUCCAGAGCCAAGCGAUUCCCAAGAGGUUCUGCAAGCUGCGGAAGAUCAUGAACACAAAGACCUACCUGGAGUGGCCUCUUGAAGAAGACCAGCAG